AUGGAAUAUUCAUGGUAUAUUUACUGUUCAAUUGAAAUGCUUCUUAUGACCAUUCCAUACUAUGGAAUUAAUCUUUAUGAUUAUCUUACGAAAUCGAAACCAUGGAGACGUGAAAUACAAAAACGCAAGCCGCAAGGUAUUGAAUUAAAGGAAGCAUCUGUUCUCUCGCAUUCAAUCACUCAUUUGCUCAUUCGUUCAUCGGUAUGGUACUUUCAUCUUCAUCAUUCAACAAUGUCCAACAUGAAUUCGAUCUCAUUGGUCUCGUUUGUAUUGAAAAUGAUUCUCUAUGAUGGUUUAGGAACAGUUUUCCAUCAAUAUCAACAUUCGUCCUACGGUCGAGUAUUCAAUCAUUUAAAACAUCAUCAACUACGUACACCCACAUUAGCAAGUUCCGCAUAUUUGUCAUUAGGAGAAUUAGUUUUGAGUAACCAUAUCGGCUGGAUCAUCAUUGGUUUUAUUCCAGGCUCGUUUUGGGAUCAUUGUUUAUUUUUAGUUAUUUCAUCAUUAAUUAAACGGUUGUGUCACAGUAAUCAUGAUCAUCCAUGGGAAAACACAAAAGUGUAUCGUUGGCUGAGAUUAGUUGGUUCACAUGAACACCAUGUACAUCAUUUACAUCCGAAUAAAAACUUUGCUGAUUUGUUUAUUUUCUGGGAUAAACUAUUCGGCACUUUUCUCGACCCGAAAUAUGUCAAUGGAAUUUAUAAAUAUGAUCAAGUCAAAGCAAACUAA